UCAUCGGAGAAAAAACCCAGAAAGUGACCCUGACCCUCCACGUUUUUGUCGUUCAUCAUGGUUUUAUCCGUCAUUUUAGCAUCAUCGCCACCUGAUCUCAUCUCCUGUGCUGCUGCUGACUGAAUGUCAAACUGAACGGAGAGAAGUAGAAACCAAACAUACCCCCCCCGCCCCCCCAAAAAAACCACAACUUCAUCCCUCGUCGACAUGGAGCCUUCGUCGUUGUUGACAGCUCUGUUGACAUGGACGACUUUGUGCGUGCUCAGCAGCAGCGGCCAGUCCACGUCGGAUGCCUCGGGCCUGCCUCGAGCCAUCCGCGUGCCACUGCGGCAAGGCGCUCGCGCUGAACAGCCACCGCCGCUGCUACCCACCGUGGCCGUGAAGCGCGAGCGCAGCAGCACGAGGAGGUUAGCCGCGCGCAAGCGGAGGGGAGUAGGGACGAGCGGGAUCAGCUUCGUGGACAUGGUCGAUAACCUACGUGGGAAGUCCGGACAGGGAUACUAUGUGGAGAUGGCCGUGGGGUCUCCUCCACAGAAGCUGAACAUCCUGGUGGAUACGGGAAGCAGUAACUUUGCUGUCGGGGCAGCUGCUCACCCCUUCCUGCGCAGAUACUACCACCGUUCACUCUCCACCUCAUACCGUGACAUCGGUAGAAGUGUGUACGUUCCUUACACCCAGGGUCGCUGGGAAGGGGAGCUGGGCACUGACAUCGUCUCUGUGCCGCACGGCCCCAACGCCACGCUGCGUGCCAACAUCGCUGCCAUCACCCAGUCAGAUCGCUUCUUCAUCAAUGGAUCUAACUGGGAGGGAAUCCUGGGGCUGGCCUAUGCCGAUAUAGCUCGGCCUGACGAGACAUUGGAGCCUUUCUUUGACUCUCUGGUUCGCCAGACGCCUGUCCCCAACCUCUUCUCCCUCCAGUUGUGUGGAGCCGGCUUUACCCAAAACUACUCCCUGGGCAGCGCCACUGUCGGCGGCAGCAUGAUCAUUGGGGGAGUGGACCCAUCACUGUACGUAGGAGAGCUUUGGUACACUCCUAUCCGCAGGGAGUGGUACUAUGAGGUCAUUAUCGUGCGCAUUGAGGUAAAUGGACAGGACCUCAACAUGGACUGUAAGGAGUACAACUAUGAUAAGAGCAUCGUGGACAGUGGAACCACCAACCUUCGACUGCCUAGAAAAGUCUUCCAGGCUGCAGUCAAGGCUAUUGAAGCGGCUUCUUCGACGGAGCAGUUUCCCUCUGGGUUCUGGCUGGGGGAGCAGCUGGUAUGUUGGCAGGCCGGCACGACACCCUGGCACAUCUUCCCAGUCAUCUCCCUCUACCUGAUGAGUGAAAACCGUAACCAGUCAUUUCAAAUCUCCAUCCUGCCUCAGCAAUACCUGCGACCUGUAGAGGAUGUAGCCUCGGCCCAGGAGGACUGCUAUAAGUUUGCCGUGUCGCAGUCUAGCACCGGGACAGUGAUGGGUGCCGUUAUCAUGGAGGGCUUCUAUGUGGUCUUUGACCGAGAGAAGAAACGCAUCGGCUUUGCUGUCAGCACCUGCCACGUUCAUGAUGAGUUUCGUACGGCCUCUGUGAAGGGCCCGUUCCACGGCGUCGACCUGGAGGACUGCGGUUACAACAUCCCCCAGACGGAUGAGUCCACUCUGAUGACCAUCGCCUACAUCAUGGCGGGUAUCUGCGCUCUGUUCAUGCUGCCGCUCUGUCUCAUGGUGUGCCAGUGGCGCUUCGCCCGCUGCCUCCACCCGCACGGAGACUUUGCUGACGACAUAUCGCUCCUUAAGUGAACAAGGAGAAGAUGUGGGACAAAAGGAGUCAUGGAGACCUACACUUGAAAUAACAGGACCGAGAUGGAUUGUGGAAAAAAGGGAUGUAAAAUGUUACGAAAUGUUGGUGCUGUUAAAAGAGAGUUUUGAGAACGUUUUUUUUUUUUUUAGGAAUAUAAUAUAUAAAAAUAUAGGAGACACAGGCAUACAGUGAAUACACAGUGAACCCCACUGUUAUCAAAUAGGAGAGGAUAAAACUAUUACUAGAGCCAUUACUGAUAAAAAAGGAGCACCAAGAGAAAGUUGGUCUCAUCAGAGGCAGAUCUACCUAUGCACUUAACAUCAGCACAGAGGUGGUAA